AGUACUUCCUCUGCGAUGCUUCGUCUUCCUUCCUCUUUCACAGUCCAAAUUCCAAAGCAAAAAAGCUUCCUUCUCUUCUCCCUUCCCAAUGGCGAAAUCCCCCCUCUUUUCGAGCGCUCAUCAAUUUAAACCAAUCCUUCUCUUCCUCUUCUAUUCGUGUGUGACAGACUGGCUUUCCCACUCCGUCGAAUUUUUCGGCCGAACCCCAAUCCUUCCAUUGCGGUGAAGCCAACAGAGGGACUCUCUAAUCUGUCGACUAUCGGGUAAAGCUCAAUCUUCAUCUCCACUUCUCAAUGUCGUCUUGGUAGUCCAUUGUGCGCCGCGUGCUUAGUGCCGUUUUGUUUUGGUAAUGCAUUGUCUCUUGAAAGUUCCAUUUCUUUAUUAGGGUUUAGGGUUACUGUUGGACGGUUCUCUAAUGAACUCAGUGUGUGUUCUUGAUAGCUCAUUGUGCCUUGAACACUCUGUGUUAUCGUGGGUUCAUUCUCCCUGUAUCAAUUGGUGAACGCUUCCUCCCCAUUCUCUCAUUUUGCGCAGGAUACUCAGCUUGUUUGUUGGGCAUUCGUACUUUUCUGAACUUAUAGCUUGGCAGAAUGAGCGAUUCUGAGGAAGAAGCAUUUGAGGGUGAUGAUUCGGUUGGGGGUUCUUUGGAAGACUCAGCUUCAGCUAGUGGUUCAAGUGAUGAUGACUCUGGUUCGGCCUCUUCGGAGGAGGUAGGAGUUUCGAGAUCGAGUAACAGCAACGAUGGGAGUGAGGGUGCCAACAGGCUUCCCCUCCAUGUUGCCACACCUGCUAGGAUGGACAUUGAGCAUUGUCGUUCCUUGAAAAUAGUUUCUUGGAGGGACAUGUUUACUUCUUCUGAUAACCCUCCAGACGAAGGGCAGAAUCUUGGACCGGAGAUCUUUAGUGGUCUCACUUCGAGGGAUGCACUCACAUCUCAGCUCGUCGGGCUCCAUCUCCCAACGCAUUGGGAUUACGCCUGUUCCAGCGAUGGUGUUACCAUUGGCAAUUGUCCCGAGGGGUGGAUGGGUGUAUAUGUUGAGUCAGUGCAGUUUGGUAUGAUCUAUCCUCUGGCGAAUUGGCUCAAGGAGUUCAUUCACAAGACUGGAGCCACUGUCAGCCGCCUCUCACCAUCCUUUUGGGCUCAAACAACAGCUUUCACUCUGGCAUGCGAGCUAGUUGGCACGACCCCGACUUUACGUCUCUUUUGCUAUGUUUUCAGCAUCCGUCAUCAAGAGACUUGCUUGUGCUUGCAGAAGAAGCGUUCUAUUAACGGGUUCACUAGGAAGACCCCCAAGCAUACUUGUAGAGAUUUCUUCUUUGUGCGCCCUCCUCCGGAUGAGUGGGUAACUGAUGAUUCAAAGCCACUUCCAACCGGUUGGGCAAAGGGACGUUGGCUGGAACGACCUGAGUUGACGAACGAUGAGCAACGGAUUAUCGCUGCCAUAGGGAAGCUGCCUUCAUGGAACUUGAAGGAUGAGCGCAUUUGCCUUGCUUUGGUGGGGGCGGUGUUUGAUAACUCAAUGGUGUCCCGCCGGAUGCUCUUUCCUGCAUUCACGGCCUCUCGAGGCAUCGAAGGUGACUCCCGGCACUCUCCCGCUCCCAAAGUUUCGGCAGCAGCGGGGACAUCCCUGCACGAGACUCCACGUGCUUCAUCUGGCGCUGCUCCUCCGACUUCAGCAACGGUGAUCUCUGAUUCUCCUCCUAGAUAUGUGUCGCCCUCGCAUCAUGGAACCAAGCGGCGAGCUUCCGAUGUUCAAGCUGAGCGAGCCACUCGUGCCCGAAUAGGGUCGAAGUCGGUUGUGAUUCCUGCCGAUGCCCGUCAGUCAAAGCAGGCUGCUGUCAGUGCACUGCACUCUAUUGCUUCGGCACUCUCCGAUGAGGAAGAGAUAAUACCCGCUUCUGAAGUCGACGGCAGUGUCGCCGACGCCUGUCUUCUGUUACUGGAUCGUGCAGACAAGUUGAUACUCCAACACACAGAGGAACGUGAGGCUCGGCGUAAGAUUUCUCAGACGGCCGACGCUUACAGAAAGGAGACCAACGAGCUGAAGAAAGCUCUUGAAGCCAGCGAGAAGAAACAGAAGGAUAUGGAGGCACGCCAUGCUGAGGAGGCCUCUGCUGCUCGUGACGCUCUUGAGAAAGAGAGAGAGGUCUGGCACUUGAACCUGGAAAAUGCGGUCAAGGAGGCGAAGGCUACCGCACUCAAGCGAUGCAGGAACAUGAUCGACAAACUCUAUCGCGGCAUUCCUGCGGUGUUCAGAGAGCUCUAUCCUGAAGACAGAUGGGAGCCGGCCUUCACGAGGAAGCUCUCCGCCUUCGUCAAAACUGAAGGCAAGUCCCUUGCGGCCGAGGAUGGCACCUACGAUGCACUUGAUGUCAAUGGCGUGGCCAUAAAAGACUAUUUUCCUACCGGCAGGGAUGGGAAGCUAUUGCCCAGCUUAAGGAGAAGGAGCUGGCGAUUAGUUCCGGGCAGAGCGCGGAGCAAAGAGUAGCGAUCAGAGCCAGAAGGAAUUGGAGCCGGAUCGUUCGACAAAUUCAAUAUUCUUUUCCUUUUAUUUUGAUUCGUGACAUGAUUAUUAUGAACAUGAUUAUAUCUUUUGAUUUCGUCAUGAACUAAACCCCAAUUUCUGAAUUCAACCUAGAAUGAUCAUGAUACUCCCGACUUAAUUCAUGAUUUUACAAUUCUUCUGUGUGUAAAGUUUAGUGUUUCCAUAUAUUUUACUUUUAAAGAUUUGCUUCUACUGAAAUAUAUUGCGAAGAAUUUAGUUAAAAAUAGGGUUAUUAGCAUGUCCAAAAUUGGACGAGUAAUUAAAUAAUUUGAAAACUUUUAUGGUAUCAAAUAUAACAUGUGUUGACACUUCACUCUUCGCAACAUUAUCUUCUUAUGCGUGUAAAGUUUAGUGGGGCCAAAUAUUUUACUCUUAAAGAUUUGCUUCUACUAAAAUAUAUUGUGAAGAAUUUAGUAAAAUAUAGGGUUAUUAGCAUGUCCAAAUUUGCACGAGUAAUUAAAUAAUUUGAUUACCUUUGUGGUAUCAAAUAUAAUAUGUGUUGACACUUCCCUCUCCGCAACAUUACCUUAUAAAUUUCAAGUUUGGUGAGUGGAAAAAAGAUCAGCAACAAUCGCAACCUGCAUGGAAGAAAGAAUGCAUUGACCGGUCUCCGACUCUUACCCUCUGUUUAGGAAGGAAGGAAAUGGAGGGGAGGGGAGGGGAAGGUAGGGGAACACACUUUUCUAGACAUUUUCCCCUGUUUUUCUAGCUUCAAAACAGUAAGGAGAUGAGCGAAUGGGACAGAAAAGGUACUGUACAAAGCUACCCUCCAAAUUGGAGGGAAAGCUUGCUUUUCAUUUUUUUUUUUCUCGUUCAUUGUAUUUUUCUUUCUUUUCCAAUUUCUUUUCUUGUUUCAUGUGCCCUUUAUAUUGCUCCAAUUCAUUUUUAUAGCUUUUUUUUUAGUAAGUGACUUAUGUGAAAUUUUAAAUAUUAAUAUUGAUAGUUAAUUAAUGAGACCAUUAAUGAGAUAAUUAGAUAUAUAGCUCCAAUUAGUUGUUUAUGUUUUUAGUUUGUAUGUUCAUGAAUGAAUCAAAUAGAGAAAAGAGUUUUAAAAAUAGAUUGGUAUUUUUUUAAUCAUCUACUUUUGAUUUUUAAUAGUGAACAAAAUUAGCAAGAAAGUACAAAUUUAAUUCUCAAUUAAACAAUGAAAAUAAUACCAACUUAUAAUUAAACUUUCUUACUAUUAUAUACCCAAUAAAAUAACAUAUCCCUCACAGUUCCCAAUACACAUUUUCCUUCUCACUUUCUUCUAUAAAACACCAUUUUCUUUCCAAUUUCCUUAACCUCCAAAUUGUCCCUCCCCUCCUAAUUCCCUUCCCCUCCCCUCCAUUUUCCUCCCUUCCUUCGGAAACAUAGGGUUAGAUAAAAUGUUGGUUUUUGGUCCUUUACCAACCCUAUUAAUAUUUGGAAAACCGAAUAUAUAUACACAUAGCUUUUAGGAUAAAAUAAUAGGUUAAUUGUUAAAUUAUUGCAUGUUACCUGUCAAAUUACAUUCAGGUUGUGAAAAUCUUAAAUUAUUAUCAUAUAUUUUUUGGGUUAAUAUAUUUGUACUACCCGAACUUUUCACAAAUUAAACAUUCUAACUAAUUUUUUCGAUCUAUAAAAUCGUCACCUUAACUAUGCAUCAAAGGUUACGAAAUUGACCAAACUCGAGAUUUGAUCGUUAUCUUGGACGGUCAAACACGUUGACUAACGAUCAACACGCCACGUUACUGCCAAGUCAACACAGACCACUUAAAAAAUUCCAUAUUUUAUAAUAGGGAUAAAAUGGCUUAAAUUGAUUGGACCCCAAAUCCAACCAUUGAAACUCAAACCAUUUGUUUGACCAGCUAAAUGACUUAAACGUGAUUAACAACCUUGAUUGGAACCACAUGAUCGCGAUGCAUUAUAGACACAUCCUAUCAAUUACUUAUACUAAUAAGAAAACAUUAGCUUUUAA